AUGCAGUCAGUGUAUAAGUUAGUUUCUACCGUAAAUCAGUUUUAUAGGGAAAUCAACCCUUCAACGCUUUCUGGUGCCAUUGACGUAAUUGUCGUUGAGCAGCCUAAUGGAGAACUAGCAUGUUCACCUUUUCAUGUUCGAUUUGGGAAACUAUUGGUUUUAAGACCUCAAGAAAAGAAGGUAUCCGGUGAAGCUUUUUUCGUGUUCGAAACAGAAAACCGUGUCCCAAAAGAAUUGCAAACUUCCCCAUUAGCAGGUCCCAGUGAUCCUUUACCGACAGAAGAGGAACCUGAUUUCUUGGAUUUAAACACAGAUAAUUCUAAAGAUAUUCUUCAAAAUAGAGUUGAGCAAAAUAAUACGAUCGAUUUUGGAACUGAUGAUGGAUAUGAAGGAGAUUCUGAGCCAAAAAUAUUAGUUGCUGAACCUAAAAGUAUUCAUGAGAUGAAUUCUGAGUUACCUUCAGUAAUAACAGAUUUAGUCAUUCCGAUGUCUGAAGAAGAAACUAUAACAGAUGAAAAAGCAAUUUUAAUAUCAAAUUAUGAGAAAUCAAAUAAGACAAUGUUAAAUGGUGAUACCGUUCAUGAAGCAGACGAAAAGCUUGCACCUGGCAAUCAAGAUAUAAAAUUGGAAUCAAAUUGCACGUCGGAUUCAAUAUCAUUAAUUGAUGAUGUUACUGAAUAUAAGCCAGAAUCGUUGGAAAAGUUGUAUUUCAAGUCUGAUGCUAAGCAAGCGAUUGAUGAGGAUGCAAAUCUAUCGAACAAAGUAGAUGGUGUGGUUAGUGGACAUGAACCUGAAUUAUUAAAUGGUUCUGCUGAUAAUCUUGUAAUACAAAAUAAUGUUGAGUCUGAUUUAGCUCAACUUAGUGACGUGAUAAAAACGCAACAGACCGAAGAAAGUAACAAUAUACCACGAUUAGAAACAGAAGCUUCGAGGCAGAAUCGAGAAAGGGCUUUAUCAAUACCUUCCGUUCAUCCAAAAUGGGAAAAAUCCGAAGGUCCGUUUUCUGAUACAGAAUUGGAAGAAACACGAAAACCAGAAAAACCUUUAGAAAGACGACCAAGUAGAACCAGUCCUUUGAGCGAUACAGAAUUGGAAUAUGGGCCCCAAAAGCCUUCAAAAGAUUCAGAAGAGUGGUCAUGGGUAUGGGGAGCGUUGCCUGUGAGAACAUCGGAAAAAAUCACGCAUUGGCAAAAUGGCACAGUUGAUAAAGAUUGGAAAGAUGAUAAUACAAUCGAAAAGCCAUCAGGCAUAGAGAUUGGAGGAAAGGUUCAUCAUUUUGAAAUGUCAUUAUGUGGAAGCGAAGCUUUUGGAAGGGAUGAGCCUCUCCCAGAUUCUACAAUGACUAAUUUAUCUAGUAAUAGACUUGAGGAAUUAAGGUCAUCAGAUCAGCGUAGAUAUAGCCUAAGGGGAUGGAGUCGAUGGUGGAGUCGCUCAUCGAGUCCGCUUCCAAUAGAAGCAUCAGAAAAGAUUGAUAAGGAACCAAAAGAUAAUGUUGAAAAGGAAAAUGAAAAACCGACAAAGUUUUAUGCGAAAACGCUACGUCUUACUUCCGAACAAUUGAAAAGUCUCAACUUAAAGAAGGGAGCAAACACAAUAACUUUUUCCGUCCCUUCUUCCUAUCAAGGAAAAGCUACGUGCGUAGCCAAAAUAUUCUUCUGGGAUUGUGACACAAAGAUCGUAAUUUCCGACAUCGAUGGAACAAUUACAAAGUCGGAUGCUCUUGGACAUGUGUUUACAAUGAUCGGGAAAGACUGGACACAUUCAGGUGUUGCCAAAUUAUACACGGAUAUUCGAAAGAAUGGUUAUCAAAUUUUAUAUCUGACGAGUAGAGCUAUUGGACAGGCCGGAUAUACCAGAGAUUACUUAAAGAAAGUUGAACAAGACAAAUAUCAAUUGCCUGACGGACCUGUUAUUAUGUCACCUGAUCGCUUAUUGACCGCCUUUCAUAGAGAAGUAAUUAUGCGCAAACCUGAAGUUUUCAAAAUGGCUUGUUUACGAGAUGUACAAAAAUUGUUUUGCGAUAGAAAUCCAUUUUUUGCAGGAUUUGGAAAUAGGAUAACGGAUGCUUUAUCUUAUCGAAGUGUUAAUGUACCAUCAUCAAGGAUAUUUACAAUUGACACAAAUGGCGAAGUGAAGCUGCAAUUAUU